AGUGGCCAAGGCUCGAAUCCAGGGGCGGACACUUCAGCUGGAGCUCCUAUACCACUUGUAGGAAUAGCUUCUCUCACGCAUUCAAUUUUGCUGAACAAUUAAUUGUGUUCAGAGUAAAUCUCUAAGACGAAAGCAUUAAACAAAAAAAAACAUUCAUUGUGUAGGAAUCUCAUGGGCUACACAAUACGCAACGGCAUAUAAACCAAGAUCGAUAACCAAAUCAGAACCGAAAACGAUUCUUAUAUUUUUAAAAAUGGAAAGCCAAAACACCGAGUGAAUACCCAAAUAGCCAAAAUACAGUUCAUAUAUAUACCUAAAUUAUUAGUUAUAUUAAGUUUUAAAAUUAUCAAAAAGAAUUAAGUUUUAAAAUUACCAAAUAUUCAGCUUACAUAUGUUGUCCACAAAGGUUCUGAGUUUCCAACUUGGGGCAUAUCCUAUGAUAGAUUCUUCAUUUUGUUGUCAUAUUGUUUUACCAAAUAUUAUAAAAAUACUAUAAAAAUACUAUGUAGAAACUGAAUUAUCAAAAAAUGGAUUACCGGGAUAUUUUUCAUCCGAAAUAUUUAAAAUUAUUUGAACUACCUGAAAGAACCAAAAUCCUAAAUCUUUUAUCCCAAAUAUUUAAAUUUAUCUGAAUUAUUCAAAAAAUCUAAAAUUCAGAUUUUAACCCGAAUUAUCCUAAAUUAUUCGAAAAAUCCGGAACCAAACUGGAACCGAAUUAGACUCAAAAUAUUAUUGGAUAUUAACCAAUUUUUUUAACAUUUUAUCCGUACUAAAUCAAAAAUAAAAAUAACCAAACCGAAACUGAACAUAAUUUAAAAAAAAUAACCGAAUGGUUUCCUAUAUUCUUAGAACUCAAAAACAAAAACCAAAAACAAAAAACAAAGAAAAACGAACCAAAAUCAAACUGAAACCAAACGUCCAUGCCUAGGCUACAACUUACAAAAGUUUGUUAUAUGUGUGUAAAAUAGCUUGUCUAUGUAUUUACACAAACCAAAUACUCCCUCCAUUUUAAUAUACUUGAUUGUUUCGAGAAUUUUUGUUAUUUCAUUAUAUAUGAUAUUUGCACAAAUCUAUAUAACUUUAACUUUAUAAAAACUGUGUAGCCAAUUAAAUUUUUAUUAUUUUUAUUUAUAAUUAAAUAAACUAGUUUAAAAUUUUAAUUUAAUGAUACUUUUGAUAAAAUUCUUAAUAUGUGUGCAUUGGAAUAAAACAUCAAGUAAUAUGGAAUGGGGUGAGUAGUAUAUUUAAACCGAGAUUAAACCCAAAUGCUUGUUUAUAACUGGAUUGGUUUUUAAUUUUAGAAUUCAGAGAACGAUUUGAUCAAAAGAAAAAUUCAGAGAAAUUAGACCAAUUUAGUCUACAAUCAAAUCAGAUGAACAAGUUUUAUAUUUUCAAAAUUAUAAGCACACAUUAAAAUAAAAUAAUAUUAACUGAACCAUUUUUUUGUAAUAUGUUUAAAAGAAAAAAGAAAAAAGAAAGAGAAGACUUUUGUGUUCAGAUUGAUAAAACGUAUUGGGUUGGUAGUAGAUUGAGUUUCUCUUAAAUUAAUAGAUAAGUCAUAACUUCUUGUUUCCCUAGAGAAGACUUUUGUAGUCUCUUUCUGAGUUCAUGUAGUGUUUGUCUUUUAUUGGCUUAAGCCAAAGUCAAAUCAAACCCAUUCCAUUAAACAAACGAUGGAUCAUAUUAUUAGGGAUAAAUCCUAUAUAUCUUAGGAUAAUGAUGUAACUAGUCCUAGUCCUUAUCAUCUUAGGAUAUUCUAUUUGUAUAAAUAGGGAGCUUAUGCUAUUCUAAUGAGACAACACAAAUUACUUCUUUAUACGAUUUCACAUAUUUAUAUUGUAUACUUGUUCAUACGAUAAAAAUCCAUAAAUUAUCAAAGUAAUCCACGUUUUUUCAUUUCUUCUUUCUUCUUCUUCUUGUUCUUGACACUUCUCCAAUGGAUCCAAGAUUGAUAGUAACUCAAAUCGGAAACAUCGAUGAAUUGUAUGAGGUUAUCCAUGAGAAUCCAUACAUUCUUGAAAGCAUUGAUGCAGUACCGUUCAUCAACACUCCUCUUCAUGUAGCUUCUGCUUCUGGGAACCUUCCUUUAGCCAUGGAGAUUAUGAAUCUAAAGCCAUCAUUUGCUAGAAAACUUAACACGUAUGGUUUAAGUCCAUUGCAUCUUGCAAUAGAAGAAGGUCAAACACGGUUGGUUCUAAGUUUACUCAAGGUUGAUCCUAACCUUGUUCGCCUUCCAGGAAGAGAAGGCACGACGCCGUUUCAUCAAGUAGUGGGAAGAGGAGAGACUGAUCUCAUGACAGAGUUUCUCUUAGCUUGUCCUGGUUGCAUUAGAGAUGCUAACGUCAAUGGUGAAACCGCUCUACACAUCGCGGUUUUAAACGACAGGUACGAAGAGCUUGAACUGCUCUUGGGAUGGGUUCAGAGACUGCGUCAAGCAGACGCUGAAUCGCUAGAGAUGCAAUUUUUAAACAAACGUGACCAAGACGGUAACACAGCCUUGCACCUAGCAGCAUAUCACAACAGAUUCAAAGAAGUGAAGCUGUUGGUAAAAUGUCAUGCGGUUAACCUAAACGUUCGUAACCGGAUCGGUUUAACAGCUCUAGAUAUCUUACAGAACCAGGGGGAACAUCAAACGAACAGAAACAUCGAAAACAUUGUUAGAAAAUCGGGAGGUAAGACCGGAAACUCUCUGCCAAAACCCAAGAAAGUGUCGGAAAUCUUGAGAACUCCGAUUGGUUUCACAGAGCAUUUGUUCACACUGACAGCACGGUACAGGAACCAGACAUCAGAAGGAACACGAGCUGCGCUUCUAGUGAUAGCCGCACUAAUAAUCACAACUACUUAUCAAACAGCUUUGCAGCCACCAGGCGGUGUAUACCAAGAAAAUGCAGCUGAGGAAAGCAAGAAGAGUGUUGGUACUAUAGUGAUGAAUCAUAAAUAUUUCUAUGUUCUCCGGAAUGUGAAUAGUAUGGCUUUCGUUGGAGCAGUUUUCAUGGCGUUCUGUUUGUUACCAGCUGGUGAAGGAUAUGUAUGGUGGUUCAUGUGGAUUGCAGUGCCCUUAUAUGUUUCUUACUUGGUUUCAAUGUCGGUUAUAUCUCCAGAUACAGUGUGGUAUUUCUCUACUAGUGCGGUGUCCGUAUUAAUCAUUAUUGCUGUGUACAUGGUUGUGUAUUUGGUGCGGUGGAGGCGGUCUAAGAAGAACAUACCUGGAACCACAAGUGAGUUGAUUCUUGAAGGCUUGACAACAUUUGAUUUAGCUAAAGGAGUUGAAUGAAGGUAAAGUGAGUUCUGUAGUUUUCAUUCUAUGUAAGAUUGUUUCCAUGUAAUAAGAAAAUGAAUCACAACUCUGCUAUUAAAGGAGCAAACUAAUUGAAAUGGUAGCAACCAAGCGUUGAGCUUUUCUCUUAGAACAAAUGUGUUUAUGAAUCACUCC